UCCUAACUUACUUCUAUUGCCACACGAUAUUACGACGUUUAGAAGGUUCAAGAGGCAAUUCAACGUGCAUCUAAAAGGUGCGGCCGUUCUGCAUGCAGGCAGCAACGGAGACUAGUCCUGCCUACAGCCACAAUUGAGGUUCAGGCCUCAGGUUCUCGGUACUUUCACCUCCAAGAUGUCUCUGUGUCCUCCCUAUGCUCCUUUCUUUGGUUUUGGAGGCGUGGCCUCAGCGAUGAUCCUGAGCACCGUCGGUGCAGCAUUCGGGACGUCGAAAGCUGGCAUUGGUAUUGCGGGGCUUGGAACGUUCAAGCCUGAACUUAUCAUGAAGUCCCUUAUUCCCGUUGUCAUGUCUGGUAUCAUUGCUGUGUAUGGACUGGUGGUAUCAGUCCUUAUUGCUGGUGGACUCAAACCAACCGACUAUUCGCUGUUCGCUGGAUUCAUUCAUCUAGGCGCAGGACUUGCUUGUGGCUUUACAGGGCUGGCAGCGGGAUAUGCAAUUGGCUUCGUUGGUGAUGCGUGUGUACGGGCUUACGUCUACGAGUCGAAGGUGUUCGUUUCAAUGGUCCUUAUCCUAAUCUUCGGAGAAGUACUAGGUCUUUAUGGGUUGAUUGUUGCAUUGAUCAUGAAUUCAAAAGCAACCGGGGUAUCAGGAUGUUUAUGAUUAACUGACGGCCUUAUCCUGUGGACCUUCUCUGUAUAUCCUUCCUUCAUACUUGGACUCCAAUAAUAUACACAAAAUGGAAAA